UAAAUGCAAAACCCCACAGACUACAUGUUACAAAACCCUAGAAGUAACUAACUACCUACAGAUCUAAAAAUCAAGAAGUAGAAAUGGGUAGAAGAGCAAUUUUUCAGCUGAUAAGAUCACAAGCCACUCGCCAUCUUGCUUCCAAGAAUCUUCAUUCAGGCUUGCAUCCUCAUAGGGUUGGACCAUGUUUGCAGACUAGAGAUGCCAACACAAACAUCAACUUUGCGAGAACUUUGGCUGCCACACAGAGAAGGUGGGCUUCCCGAUCUGCUGCAGAAGAAGAUAACAGAAUCAGCAUAGGGCCUCGUAAAGGAAAAGACAUCGAGGAAAAUGAAAAAGACAAUGCAAUUGUUUAUUACGGCCCGAUCUCUAGUACUAUCAAGAAAGUUAAACUUCUUUCUCUUUCCACCUGUUGCCUGUCAGUGUCUUUGGGACCUGUCAUAACCUUCAUGACAUCUCCAGACAUGAAUGUAAUACUGAAGGGUGCGGUGGCAUCCUCGGUUAUAUUCUUAAGUGCUACUACCACAGCUGCACUUCACUGGUUCGUCAGCCCUUACAUUCAUAAGCUCAAGUGGCAACCUGGUUCAGACACCUUUGAUGUGGAAAUGCUGUCAUGGCUGGCAUCACAUAUUCCAAAAACUAUAAAGUUUGCUGACAUCAAAGUACCAGAGACAAACAGACCUUAUGUGACGUUUAAAGCCAAUGGAAACUUUUAUUUUGUGGACGCCGAGCACUGUCAUAACAAGGCUCUGUUGGCAAGACUGACUCCACAGAAGAGUACACAGGAGUCAGCUUUUAAGAAUCUUUAGAUUUUAAUGACAAGCAUAGAAGAUGCUUAAUGAUUGUACACACUUCAAACAUUCUGGUGCUUUUGUGAACCUGCUUUCAAACCCUUCUUUUCCGCUUCCUAUACAUGAUAAUCUAAAUAAUACUAGUUGAAUAUCCCAUCUGUUGGGGUUUUUAUAAUAGUAGCAUGAUGAAUAACUAUUUGAUUUAAA